GGGGUUCAUGGCCAUGUACAAGGCUCUCGACCUUGGGCCUGGGCAGAAAACAAUAUAGAGGAACUCAUGGCUAAUGUGGUUGGGGCUAAAGCUGAGGAGGUUGCCUUGAUGAAUGGGUUAACAGUGAAUCUGCAUCUUCUGCUGCUGUCUUUUUACAAACCUACAGCAAAACGUCACAAAAUCCUUCUUGAGGACAAGGCUUUCCCCUCAGACCAUUAUGCUGUGGAAUCUCAGAUCCAGUUGAGAGGAUAUGACGCUAAGCAAAGCAUGCUGCUCAUGAAGCCCAGACCGGAUGAGGAGGUGCUGAGAACAGAGGACAUUCUGGACACGAUAGAAAAGGAGGGAGAUUCCAUUGCAGUGGUCUUGUUCAGUGGAGUGCAGUACUACACCGGACAGCUCUUUGAUAUGGCCACCAUCACUAAAGCUGGGCAGAAGAAGGGCUGCUACGUUGGAUUUGACUGUGCACACGCAGUGGGCAAUGCAGAGCUGAAGCUGCAUGACUGGGGAGUGGACUUUGCCUGCUGGUGCUCCUACAAGUAUGUGAAUUCUGGGGCUGGUGGACUGGCUGGAGCUUUUAUCCAUGAGAAGAAUGCACAUACAGUCAAACCUGCGCUCAUGGGAUGGUGGGGACAUAACUUGAAAACAAGAUUCCGCAUGGAUAAUGACAUGGAUCUACUACCUGGUAUAAGUGGCUAUCGACUAUCAAACCAACCCAUCCUGCUGGUGUGUCCACUGCAAGCUAGUUUAGAGGUCUUUGCUAUGACGAGUAUGGCAGCUCUGAGGAAGAAGUCCAGACUUCUCACAGGUUACCUGGAGUGUCUGAUCCAGCACUACUACAACAAGGACGAGGCCCAGCCUCACAAGCCCUACGUCCAUAUCAUCACUCCCUCUCACCCUGAGGAACGAGGCUGCCAACUCUCCCUCUCUUUCUCUGUCCCCAUCGCAGCCGUGUUCCAGGAGCUGGAGAAGAGGGGUGUCGCUUGUGACAUGAGGGAACCCAACGUUCUGCGCAUUGCUCCGGUGCCGCUCUACAACUCCUUUAGUGACGUACACCGCUUUGUCACUGUUCUAGGAUCAGCUCUGGCUGCCAGCAAAGAACUACAACAAUGAGAGAAACAGUGUGGUAUUGUUACCCCACCUUUCAGAGUAUUUUUGUCAGUGCAGUAUAAAAAUAUCCUGUUUUUAUUGACAAUGUGCUGGAGUCAUUGACAGGUCUUCUGAACUACUGUCCCAAAGAAUUGCAAUAUGUUUUGCUAGGCUACUCAGUAAAACUAAAUUGGUUGGAAUUGUAUCCCUACUCAUAAUUUAGUGAGACAAGUUUGUUACUAUACAAUGACAAAUAAAAGCAAAUAGUCAAUUACUGUGAAUCUCAA